CUGCGGUUGAUGUAAUGAGACACAUAUACUUUUAACUUGUAAAAGCCUAUAGUGUAGAAGUAGGGAUUUUCCAAACCUUGUGGCAAAUUGCAAACUGAAGUAAUCUGCACUGCAUCAAUUUGGUAAUAACCUGACUCUGACUGAACUUAUUCACUUGAUGUCAGUGUGUGCAGUGAGACGUUUCUGGUUCAGUUUCAUGCUGUGGAGUCCCUUUCUUGUCUUUUGUUUAUUCUGAGAUUAGAGAGCUGUCGAUGCGUAGGUAAUGCCAGUUGGAAAAAAGCUUGGAGAGUAUGGCUGAGUGAUGAGAUACGCCUCUUGUAGAUAGGGGUUAUCUGGAAAGAAGAUUGUGUCCUUCAAGGUCAGAGGAGAGAAGCUUGAAGUUUAUAUACAGGGGCAAAUGAGAAAGCAAAUCUCUUGAAACAUAAGCAGUGGUACUUCCCUGGAGGGAGGAGAUGGGAAUUCUCCUGUUACUCUGAGAGUUGCCAGGUGCCAGAAGUGGUCCACAGUGGUGGUGUCUCUCAUGCAUAAAAGGUGACAGCAAAAGUGGAAGGCUGAUGAGACCCCACUGACACAGCAAGAGGACAGUUUUUCAGGGACAAUUAUUCUGAGUGACGGCCCUUGCACACGCUUCUGAGUGGUUAUCAUGGGCUUCAUUGCCUUUCUGAAGACCCAGUUCAUAGUUCACCUCCUCAUUGGGUUCGUCUUUGUUGUGAGUGGACUGAUCAUUAACUUCAUUCAACUAUGCACGCUAGUCCUCUGGCCCAUAAACAAGCAGUUUUAUCGACGAGUAAACUGUCGCCUUGCCUAUUCGCUUUGGAGCCAGUUGGUAAUGCUGCUGGAAUGGUGGUCAGGCACAGAGUGCACCUUGUUCUCCGACGAGGCUACUGUGAAUACCUUUGGGAAAGAGCACGUCAUCAUCAUCUUGAAUCACAACUUUGAAAUUGACUUCUUGUGUGGCUGGACUAUGACAGAACGCUUUGGAGUACUAGGGAGUUCCAAAGUUCUCGCUAAGAGAGAGCUACUGUAUGUGCCCCUAAUUGGCUGGACGUGGUACUUCCUUGAGAUUGUUUUCUGCAAAAGGAAAUGGGAAGAAGACAGAGAUACGGUUAUUGAAGGAUUAAAACGUUUGGCUGAUUAUCCUGAAUAUAUGUGGUUUCUCCUGUAUUGUGAAGGAACUCGUUUUACAGAGACCAAGCAUCGUAUCAGUAUGGAGGUAGCUGAAUCCAAGGGGUUGCCUAAGCUGAAAUACCACCUAUUGCCCAGAACCAAAGGCUUCACCACUGCUGUCCAGUGUCUCAGGGGAACAGUUGCAGCAGUGUAUGAUGUAACACUAAAUUUCAGAGGAAACAAGAACCCGUCCCUAUUAGGAAUUCUUUAUGGAAAGAAAUAUGAAGCAGAUAUGUGUGUAAGGAGAUUUCCUCUGGAAGAUAUCCCUCAAGAUGAAAAGGAAGCUGCAAACUGGCUUCAUAAGCUUUACCAAGAAAAGGAUGCUUUGCAAGAGAUGUAUAAUCAGGAAGGCGUAUUUCCUGGCCAGCAGUUUAAACCUCCUAGGAGACCAUGGACUCUCCUAAACUUUCUUUUCUGGGCCACAGUUCUCCUCUCGCCUCUCUUCACGUUUGGCUUUGGAGUUUUUGCAAGUGGAUCACCUCUUCUUAUCCUUGCAUUCCUGGGAUUUGUUGGAGCAGCUUCCUUUGGAGUUCGUAGACUGAUAGGAGUAACUGAAAUAGAAAAAGGCUCCAGCUACGGCAACCAAGAAUUCAAGAAAAAGGAAUAACUGACAGCUGCAGUUCAGCACAUAUAACCAGACUAUGGUACCUGAUUAACUUCAGUUAAAAAAACAAACACUUAGAAACUAUCUUUUUCUUAAUAACUGAUGACUAAUAUUAAUGAAUAAAACUUGAGCCAAGAAUGAAGAAUUUGGAGGCAUCAACUGAAAAGAACGCAUCAACUUUCUGCCUGUUUAAGGAUUACUGUAGUCAAACUAUGGGAGAAAAUCUGGGGUGGGGGGGAGGAGGAAAUUAAUUUUUCUUGCUUUGUUGGGGGUCCAUGGGUGGGGGGAGAAGAGAGGUCAUUGGGCAUGGCCAUGUGCAUCGUCAGAUGACUGAAUACACUGGUUUCUGUCAAGAGCACUACACUCACUUUUACAACAGGAGCCAUUGAAUGUUUCCUCUUGCUAAAGCCAACAUUGCGUUUGUUGAUUUUCAACUUUUUUAUUAAUGAUCCAGGAAAAAACAACCAUUCUUUAAUUAAUUAUAGAUGUUCACUGGAUUAGUCUCUUUGGAAAGGUUGUGUUUUCAUGGCUACAGAUUAAAUCCUAUUUGUAUGUUACACUGAUACGUUUUAUUUUCAGGCAACAUCUUAAAACUUCUAUAAUACAAGAGAACACAAUGGAGUUUGGAAGCAGGGCGUUACUGAUCAGCACGUGACGUAGAACAGAUCCACUAGUAUUAAAAGAGUAUAAAAUUAUCAUCAUAUCUCCUGCCAAUUGCUCAAGGCUGUUUAAUUUCUAAGUAUUACCUCAGUCUUGAGUGUUGUUAGCCCCGUUUCACAUUGUGUAUGUAUGUAAUUUUGAAUCUGUUUGCGUUUGUUUUGUUUCCUGAAUUAAUUUUGACCGUGGGAUUUGGAGUCGUGCAAAGAAGGAAAUUUAUUCAAUUGUCCUGAUGUUUUUUUUCCUUUUAUUUCUGUUCACGUCUGUCAUCACCAAAGUCCAGUUCAACCAAGAUCCCUCAGUAAACUGGGGGAUAACAGCAGAAACUAGCACAAUAGUUUUCAAAAUGUUGUAUAUUACAAACAUUCUGAAAGGAGAGGUCUGUAGCAAUCAGAUUCCAAACACCGGUAUCUCUUGAACUUCUGGUGGGAGUUUUGACAUUGAUUCCAGUGGGGGCCAGGAUCUUACCCUGUGUGCUGUAAUGGUAGGGUGUGCUGCACUUUCUACUUGGUCGUGUUAUAGAUAUUAAUGUGAAGAAUAUUGCAAGGUGAGUUGUGCUGUUAAGCAUUAGAAUGAGUGUGGGGUCUCUUCAGGGAUUUAAAUAUCUUUAGUUUUGCUUGUUGUCCUUUGGAUUUUUUCACUAAAAUAGAGAUCAGAAUCAUGGCUGUACCUCUUAUUUUUUCAUAAACGCACAUUCUAAGAUUUUUGCAGAUCGCUGCUGUAUGCACUGCUGCGGAAUUAUUCUCAAGUAGGUGGGAGCUACUUAUAUGUUUGUCUGAAGGCCAAAAUCUGCAUUUGGCUAUAUUCAGAAGUUGGUGAAAUGGGUUGCAGAUCCUACAGCUGAGGGCAGAAGCCAACCCUUGAGGUCUGCUAUUUUAGCUGCCACUUAGAAUAUUUAUCUCACUUUUGCAAACAGCAGAUCUUAUCAGAGCACCAAUUGUUAUUUUUCGUCUUUGCUCUAGCAAUCACAAUAAGAGUAAUCAUCUACCUUCUUUUCAUAUUUACUCUGUUAGAAUGUAACCUCUUCUCCCACAGGUUUUUCUGUCUAGAAGAGCAAUUUUGUAACUUGGAAAAAUAUUUUACUGUGGAUCAUUAGUCACUGUUCUGUCAUGCACUUGAUUUUUAUUAGUGGUCUUUCCAACAGAAUGAUUUGAAGGAUGACCCGUGUUGUCUGUCUCCUGAGACUCAUCCUCACUGAAUCAUUGUACCUGUAUCUCCAGCAUUAGUGUGUCAUCUUUCUACCCUACAAAAAGCCUUCCCUAAGACAGGGGAUACAAAACUGUCGUUCAUGGUGGUGGAAAUUGGAAUAAGAUUUGGGAAUUGAGGAGAACAGAUCGUAGCCAUGACUCUGUUUUCCUUACUGAGUGUUUUUGUACUCUGUCUUUAAAUAUGGUUAGAAUUCUAAAUGCUGAUAAAUAUAACUCUGAUUUUUUCCUUGUUUUUUUAACCAGAGGGCUAAAACCAGUGAGCUUUUCUUUAUUUUCUUUCCCCCUCCCUUUUUUUUUCCCCCCAUAAGUAAUUCAGUAAUGGAUAUAAUUCGUGUUUGUUAGAAAGAUGUUACAAAUGCUGUAUACUUGCUUCCUGAAGAUGGUAUUGAGUAUAUAUAAACUGUGCCAGCUUAGCAAAGCGAGGCUUGCAAAGCAGGCUGACCACUGGCUGUUUUAUACUUACACUUUGGGUGGUAUAUUAAUAGGGCAUGACAAGAAUUCAACAAAAUAAAUCCCUUCUUAUUGCUGAGAAGAGGGGGAGUGCUUACAGGAGAAGGGAAUUAAGAACCUUUCUCUUUAUGGGAUUCUUUUCUCCUCUUAGUGCAUGUAACUCCUUAUUAAGAAUCAUGGGAUUAGUGCAUGUACAUCAAGGGGAGAAUAAUCAAUGUUUCAUAUUUUCCUAUAACUUAUUGGUCAUGCUUUCUUUUCAAAAUAUAAUACAUGCAUCAUCAUUUACUUAAUUUGCUCUUCUAAACGGACAUAUCAGUAACCAUUUGGAAAACCGAAAUAUACAGUAAUGUACAAAACAGUGAAAAACAACACAGAUCUCUUCAUUUUGAAUUUUAUCUCCUCAAAUAGGAGUUUUUAUAUACGCACGAGUGCACACAUACACAGAGUAUGUAUAAAUUAAAAUAACUGGAAAUAGCUGAAGUUAAUGUCACUAAUGAAGAUUAGCAGGUGGCUUGGAUUGGAAAAGUGAGCGUAGAUUUUAUAUCUGACACUAUUUUCUUCUGGUUUAAUAGAUUAUAGCUUGUAUAUUUGACUACCAAGCCCUUUAAGAGCAAUAAUAAACAAAAAUAUAUCAUGUUU